AUGAAGAAUCUCGCAACCCUUGUUGCUAUUAUACUCUUCUCAUGCUACGUCACAACUCAAGUCACAGCAAAUGAUUUGGAGUCAAUCCCAUCAUUGGAUAACAAUAAGCUCGAAUGGUACCAUUCCUACCCUUACUUUCACCCUAAGCUGCCACAAUGGCCGAACCCAUGUGCUUCCGGAAAGGCCUUUCCGCCACUCCCUGCCGGCUACAACCACUUCCACCCUGCUCCGUUCCAUCCACCGCCGGUAGUAACCAAGUGCUUGGCUGAUUGCAAGGAUGUAAAGACAUGUAUGAUGGAUAUCCACAAAGCUUUCUUCACCCGCAAACCUGAUAUUGGAUCGGAAUGUUGCGCUUCGAUACAGAAGAUGGAUGUUGAUUGUGACAAGACCGUCUUUGGAGCUUACCAUAACCCUUUCUUUGACUGCUUUGUUAAGCUACAUUGCGCCACCAAAGCCGGAUCUACUCCCUCUGCUCCUUCCCCAGCUUAG